AGGAUUCCAAAAGAAAAAGAAAAGAGGGUGCUCCACCAAACACGUAAGAACACCAGUGUAGUCCUUGUUACUCUCCGUAGAAACUCCAAGAUUCCUUCCAUUGGGUAGCGGCACUGACUUGAGAUUACUUUCAACUCCGAGCUUACAAUGGAAGUAACAAAUAAGUUAGAGAGUGGUAACUAUGCCGCUGAUAUAUCAUCGAUAAAAGAAGCUCAACAACGGAUCAACCCUUUUAUACAUAAAACUUCAGUUCUCUCUUCCGAUACUUUAAAUUCAAUCUCCGGAAGGAAACUAUUUUUCAAAUGUGAAUGUUUUCAGAAGGGCGGAGCUUUUAAAUUCAGAGGUGCCUGCAAUGCUAUAUUUUCACUCAAGGAUGAGCAAGCAGCUAAUGGGGUGGUAACACACAGCAGUGGAAACCAUGCUGCUGCAGUGUCUUUGGCUGCAAAGUUACGUGGGAUUCCUGCCCAUAUUGUUAUACCAAAAAAUGCUCCAAAAUGUAAGGUUGAGAAUGUCAGGCGUUAUGGUGGGAACGUCAUUUGGAGUGAUGCCACAAUGCAAUCAAGAGAGUCUGUUGCUAAUAACGUCCUGCAAGAAACCGGAGCUGUUCUUGUUCAUCCGUUUAACGAUGGGCGCAUCAUAAGUGGGCAGGGAACGAUAUCAUUGGAGCUGCUGGAGCAGAUCCCUCAGAUUGACACCAUAAUUGUCCCUAUAAGCGGAGGUGGUCUGAUAUCAGGAGUUGCAUUGGCUGCCAAGUCGAUCAACCCUAAGAUUCGGAUUUUGGCUGCUGAACCAAGGGGUGCCAAUGAUGCUGCUCUGUCCAUGGCAGCUGGCGAGAUUGUAACACUUCCUCAGACCAACACCAUUGCCGACGGAUUGCGAGCUUUUCUUGGUGAUCUGACAUGGCCAAUAAUCAGAGAUUUUGUGGAUGAUGUGAUUACGGUGGAGGACAAAGAUAUAAUUGAAGCCAUGAGAAUGUGUUAUGAGAUUCUGAAAGUUGCAGUGGAGCCCAGUGGAGCUAUUGGCCUUGCAGCCGUCCUUUCUGCCACUUUCUUGGAAAAUCCGGCCUGGAAGGACUGCAAUAAUGUAGCGAUUAUACUUUCAGGAGGUAAUGUUGAUCUUGGUGUUCUUUGGGAGUCUUUUAAUAAAUGAAGGUUAAACAAAUGCGACUGUUCUUUUGGAAUCUUUUAAUAAUAAGGGUUAAACAAAUGCUACUUUUCUGAA